AUGGAUCUGUCCCCGGACAUGCUGGUGGAGAUCCUGUUGCGGCUCCCGCCAAGCGCGAGGCGCCGCGCCCGCCUCGUCUGCAGGCACUGGCGCGACGCCGUCGGCGAGCGCACCACGGAGAUGCAGAGCCGUGCCACAGCCCUCCUCUGGCAGGCCGGCUCCACCGUCGUCUACGUUGUUGACGACCUCUCGUCGUCUUCGACGGGGAGCUACAGCGUGCUGUGGAGGGGCAGGCCGCAGCUUGUCGGCACAUGCAGCGGCCUGCUAUGCCUCUGCGACGACGGCGGCGACAUCACACUGGUUAACCCGGCAACAAGGGAGACGCUGUCCGUCCCACGGCUGCCAUGCGACGACCAGCUAUUCCGCGGGGACGACAGGAGAUUGGAGUGGGACAGGGCAUACAGCUUCGCGUACCAUCCGACGACAGGGUGGUACAAGGUGGUGCACGUCCCCUGCAGCUUCAACAACCAGGGCUAUGACGCCGUGCACGUGCUCACGCUUGGGGAGGAGGCGUGGCGGGAGGUGCCGGCCCCCAGUGGUAAGAGGUGCAGCCUCGACGCCGGCAUUGUCAGUGUCGACGGCGUGACAUACUGGGUCACGGACGACGGCGGCUCCGCAAGGAUCGUUUCGUUCGACCUCGAGAACGAACACAUCGCCUCCUCUGCCGGCACACCUUUGCCCUUUCUGCAUGCGAGGCCCAAUGACUACAGCCUGACCGAGGUGCACGGGAGGCUGGGGGCCGUCAUCAGCAACCCGGCGGGGAUGAUGCAAGCGUGGGUUCGGAACAAGGAGGGGAGGUGGAUCUGCCGGUACACCCUCACGUCUCCAUUGCACGAGAUUCCACGGCCGCACUUCGCAUACGGCGAGCACUUUUUGAAGUGCGAGGGGCAGUUGUUGUAUGCAUGCUCGCGGCAAGGCGCAUCAUCGCCGUUCGGCUCGAGGCUUGCGUCCAACAUCGUGCAGGUUAAUCACAGGGAUAAGGGAGUGUUGGUCGCUAAGAUGAAUGGUGUGGGCUGCAAAUUUAACUACCGGACGUUUGCUUACGUCCAAACAUUGGAACCAUUAGGUAUUUAUAUGCGGCCAAGUGAAGGGUAG